AUGGCCACCACCGUCGCGCGUGUACCGGCACCUCCGGGCACUUCUUCAAAGGCCGUCUCUCUCCCGCCGAACCGAACCAUCUACGUGCACAACCUGCCCGACAAGCUCCCCAAAGACGACCUCAAGCGCAGCCUGUACAUGCUGUUCGCGACCUACGGCGUGAUCCUCGACGUCGUCGCACUCAAGACGCCCAAGAUGCGCGGGCAGGCGCACGUCGUGUUCCGGGACAUCGACUCCUCCACGCAAGCCAUGCGGGCGCUGGACGGGUUCAAUUUCUUCGGAAAGGACAUGUUGAUCCAAUACGCAAAGGGCAAGUCCGACACCGUCGCCAAGCUCGACGGCACCUUCAAGCUGCCCGAGAAAGCGCUGCCGGCGAUCGAAGCGCCGGAGGAGACGAGCGCGCAGAGGGCGAUCUUCGGGAGUGCGCCUAUGAAGGCGUUGCCGAUGAACGAGGCGCGGGACGGGGCGAAGGGGGUCAAGAGGGGACGCGACGAGGAGCAGGAGCGGGAGCAGGAGGAGGAGGAAGAGGACGACGAGGGAGCGGAGAUGCAGAUGUCGGAGAGCGAUGAGGAGUAG